CACAUUGGUUACUUUUAUCCCAUUUACACAUGAGAUAUACUAUUCUCGUUGAGUUGGGAGUAAAUACUACUAGUAAUAAUAAUACAAGUGGGAAUUAUUAUUGUUAUCAUUAACUCAAAGAUUGUUCUUUUACUCCACUGACACCGAGUUCAUCUUCAUCCCUGUCUUGUCUACUACACAGUUAUUCUUCGGUGUCUUCAACUGCUAUAUUAACAUUUUAUCCUGUUGAAUAAUUUUCGUUUUUUCUCACUUUCGAUAAUAAUAAUAAUAAUAAAAUAAUCGGUAAAAUAAUGACAAGUACUCAGUCAUCAACACAACAAAUGGUAACAUUGAGUACUAUAAUGAAGGAUGCAUCGAGUUGGUCAAGCUAUGACGUGUCUCGACUCAAUAAUAAUAAUAAUACUAAUGAUAAGAGUGAUGAAUGUUCUUGGAUAAAGUCAUCAUCUCCGGAAACAGCCAUCACAACAACAACAACAACAGCAGAAGCCAUUGAAUGUCCUUCAUAUUAUGAUCAGAUAGGCAGAUCAGUGUAUACCACACUUACACAACAUGAUCUUAUUGAGAAAUACAAACAAAUCAAUAAUAUUGAUCCGUACAGCACUAUUCACAGUAAUGAUAGCGAUACAAAUAGUCAUAGCAAUAAUAAUGAUAACGACAAUGUCUUAAAUACUAAUCACACUGGCUAUCGGAGUGGUAGUCAUCAAUUUACAGAGAAAUUAAAUCAUGAUGUGCUAAUCAAUGAUAUGAAUAGCAGUUUGGAAAAAAGUGAACAAAAAUUGAAGAAUUCUGAGAAAAUUUACAAUUGGAAUGAUGAAAAUAUUAGAGGAGAGAAUAUAAAAAAUUCUAGUGAAAUAAUUAGUAAAAAUAAUGGUAUAUCAAGAGAUAAACUGAUAAACUGUGAGUACUCUUCAACAAACAAAGGAAUGGAUCAGCAGUUUAAUUGUGAAAUUUUGAAGAUAUGUAGAAAUGACAGAGAAAUUGAAGAAAUCAAAGCGAUUGACACAGAAGAAACAGAAGAAUUGAAAGAAGGUGGUGAAUUGGACAAUGAAGAGUACUUACAGGAGUUCCACUGUCAGCAUCACCCUCAUCAUCACCAUCAUAAUCACAGGCAAUAUCAAGACGAAUUAUCUGAACAUACCUUAACACAUAAUAAUAAUAAUCCUACCAUAAGCAUAACCGCUUCAUCAAGCCCUAUGAAACAUUGUCGACAAUCCCCAUUGAUUAAUUGGUUUAACGACACCAGCAAUUAUGAUUAUCGUCAAAUGAAAUGUGAAAUUCCACCCACAUGUGAUAAUCCCAUGUUGCUGUCUUCUGAAAAUAUUCCAUGUUAUCCUAUACAACAGUAUAUUACUGAUUCUUCGUCUGGUUACAUAUCUUCGAAUACAUCACUUGCUAUGUCUACUGUCGCUUCGGCAUCUUCACCUUCAGAAGGCAUACAACCUUCAUUAUGUUUAACAACAACAGUAAGUAAAAUAAAACAGUCAGUUAUAGAAGGAGAGACUACCACUACUACUACUACUCCUCAAAUCCCUUUAAUCAGUAGUAUAGGUCAAUUUACUGAUGUACAAAAUGAAACUGUCGUCUAUGAAAAGUAUCUUUCACAAGCCUAUUACCCUUCACCAAUGACAAAUGAUGCUCACCAAUCACAUAAAGAAUAUUUCAAUUAUGCCGAAUUUAACCUCGCUCAUCAAACGCAUGGACGUGAUAGUAGAAAUACCAGUCCAAGCGGACUGUCGACUUUCCAGCCAAGUCAAAGGUUAUUCAGAAGUAAUAUUAGUAACCAACAACAACAACAACAACACUAUGAACAGUAUAAACCUUCGUGGAGAAUAGACCUGACUGGUGGUAGUGCUUCUACUACGACUGCUACCAUCACCUCCACUUCACGUCAUGACAUCCAACUGACAAGAUCCCUAUCUGAAGAAAGAGAUGAUGAAAUAAGUCUGAAUGAGAGUGAAGGAAAUACUCGACUGGGAAAGGAAACUAAUCAAUAUCGUUUAGAUCGAUCUACAGAUGUAAUCCUAAGCAGGGAUUAUUCAAAUUACCAGAUGAAUAAUACAUUUCAUGCUUCAACAAUAUCGAAAAGUAUUCAUGGAUAUAUGAAUCCUGAGAUGAUGCCUAACAGUUUAAUGAACAGUAUUAACAAUAGACUGUUUAGUUUAACACAUUCUGGAGGUUAUUCGACAUGUUCUUCAUCUGCUUGUUCUGUUUGUUCACCAUCUGCUUAUACAACAACUAUGACAACGAUUACAUCAUCAAUAGCCGGAACGAUAUCAUCGAUUGAACCAUCGCCAACAGCACCACCACAGUCAACAUCAAUGACGUGUUCAAGAGUUGUUGGACAAGAGAAAAAUAAAAAACUCCGUAAACCACGAACAAUUUAUUCUAGUAUGCAGUUACAACAGCUGGCUAAACGAUUCCACUUGACUCAAUACUUAAGUCUACCUGAGAGAGCUGAAUUGGCUGCUUCACUUGGACUUACACAAACUCAGGUGAAAAUAUGGUUUCAAAAUAGGCGGUCAAAAUUUAAAAAAUUAAUCAAUCAAGGUCAUGAUGUUUCCCUUUUAACAACAAAUUCAGUGACAUGUAAAUCGGAGACAAGUGAUUUAAACAACCAAUCAGAGAAUUUCUAUGAAGACUGUCAUCAUGAUAUACUGAUGAAAAAUUUACCGUGUGAAACAGAUUUCAUGCAUUCAGAUGACCUUCCAAUCGAUUCAUCAUCAGGCUUUGAAAAUAGUAAUUCCAACAGUCCAAUUAUUAAAUCAGUAGUAAGUAUAAGUAAUAGUAAUUCACCUGAAAAUACGAUCCAUCAUAAACAUUGUUUCAUAAAAUCUGAUUUACAAACCUCAUGUGAGUUGAAACAAGACACCGAAGUGACUAUGACAUCAAAUCAUCACCAUCAUCACCCUACAUGGCGUACACACAUUAAAGAUUAUUAUACAAUGCCUAUUGACAGUCAUCAUUUAGGCGGGAAUCCAGGAAAAUUGAACGUAUUCAAUAGAAAUGAUGAGUAUAUAAGUCGAAAUUUUCAUUCAACAGAUUGUAAUGAAAUACUGGGUGUAGAUAAUUUAUCAAAAUCUGAUCAUCAUUAUUGGACAAAAUCCUUGUUUGAAUCAUCUAAUUAUUGUUUACCAAUGACGGAUACAUUGAAUUCAAGCGCACAUUUCAAUCCAAAAGUAUACUCUACACCAAAAUGUGAUAACCAUAGUAACAAUAAUAAUAAUAAUACUAAUGAGGAAUAUAAUAAUAUUAAUGGUGAUCCAAAUGACGACAGUGGUGCUGACCAAAAUGAUUAUGAAUGUGAUAACAACGGCAACACAAAUUUAAAUGUUCACAGUUUAUGCCAUUUUAAUAAAUGCCUCAAUGAUAAUCAAUGCUAUUUACAUCAAAACAUCAAUAUUAGUGAGAUAAAGAAUUCGGGAUUAGUCUACACCAAAACCCCUUCAUCACCAUCUUUAACAACAUCCAUAGCCUAUCCAUAUCAAGGAUGGAGAAAAUAUCGAUUGGGUAGUGAUUCGAUACAAUCAGUAUAUCCUGAAAGCUUGAGUAACUCUCUUAAAUUACCCCAGGAAUUAUUCCCCUCAACUGUCUAUCCAUUACCACAACAAACAGUAUUAUGGUCCACUGAAAUACAUGAAAAAUCUCCAACAGAUCAAGUUAGUAAUACUAUAAGUAGUAUUAAUCCAUUCGAUGGAAUCUAUGAGUGUUCAACUCAAAAUGAACCACAAUUCCCUGAUCCAUGUGAUGAACAAGUGUUAAUGCCUACAGCAGCAACAACAACAACAACAACAAUGGCAACAUUAACAUUUGGCUCACCUACACUGUGAAAUAAAGUCGAGUCUCACUCAUUUUAGCAUAUUCUUAAGCUGGUAUCAAAAUCUCAUACAAAUGUGUAUGGAUUCCACAUUGUAAAUUUGAAAAAAGAAGCAUACCACAGUAUUCUACUGAUGAAACUCACUGACAGAAGAAGAAAUUCUGAGUGAAGUGCAUAAUGGUGCAGACAUUUUUACACAGUAAUUUACCGCUUAUUUUAAACAAAAUCAAAAUGUAAAAUUUCUACCUCUCAGAAAAAUUAUGUCCUGUACAAUAUUGUACAACAUUUAAAAUACUGUUUUGAAAAAAAAGGAUAAUAUAACUUCAUACGUGACAUGUAUAUUUAAAAAAACUGCAUAAAAUGCCAUAUACAAUCAAAUAAUGAGAAAACUAGUGGACACCAUUGAACGAGCGGCGGAAAAUUCAAAUUUAAUAAUGGCGGCCUUUUUAAUUAUUGAUUGGCACUACUUAGAAUGUAUUUGUUUUUAAGCAUGUGAUAGAUAGGUGUGUUAAACCGUUUAAAAGUUAUGAGAAUAAAAUAAAUUUGUAAACACAAAUGAAAAAAUAAAGAUAUAUACAGAAACAUCUGUGAACUUUACUACAAAGGAAACAAAGACCAUCGACAUUUUCUCUUUACAAACAAACGGAUCACAUACAAAAAAAAUCACGUUUAUAGUUUUGAUCCCCACCUUCAUUUCUUGUUAAAUAGUGAAGGUGUCAGUAUUGUUUGAUUUCUAUCUGUAAUACUGCAUUCCAUCUCAUCUCUUUUGUUUCUCUGAUAUAGACAUACAUUUAAUAUAAAAAUAUUUAUAAAUAUA